CUUUUCCUAGGACGGAAGAACAACCUUCACCCUGAGAUUAUAGGCUUCCCUUAGUUUAUGAAGCGAGAGCAGAAGAUCUUCGAGAUCACUCCCACACACACUGGGCAAAAGGGAAAGGACGCAGACCUCUGCCACAGUCUGCACAUGGCUCGUUCUUUUUUGAUCUGAGAAAUCAGAAACCCCGGACACCAGUCGAGCACCUGUUCUAGAUUCCACACCACCCUUCCCCAAGGCAGCCUCCACCUCCCACCAGCCAGGCGCAGGUGAGGCCAGGACUCAGCGGGAAGGCCGGCAGGCAGCAGAGCCGGUGUGGGCACCGUGGGGCCAUGGAACCGGAGGCGAGGCCCGUGCUCUACCGACAGCUGCAGCUCUGGGACCCCAGCUUGGGUUCUGAGGACGACGAGGACGAUGAGGAGACCUCUGAGCUGGUCGUUUCGAAUUCCUGGAGGCCCCACAACUCCUUGGGCAGGAAUAAGGUUGGCGGGCUGCCCGGGGCCUGGGCUCGCCUAGGCGCCGCCCUGCUGCUGCUGGUCACUGGCUUCUCCCUGGCCGCGAGGCAACUCUACAUCAGGAGUGACCCUACAGGAAGCCAGGCCUCGGCAGCCCCCCGGCCCGGUGGGCACUCCCACCCCCCUGGUGUGUACCACCACGGUGCCAUCAUCAGCCCGGCAGGUCAGAGCCAGGAGCCGCUUGGGGGAGGACAGGGCCCAGGGCACUGGUCGCCGGCCAUGUCCCAAGACCAUGUCUUCCUGGCCGUAGCCACGUGCUCCCACCUGGGCCGAGAGUUGCUCAUCGCCGGGGGCAACGUCGUGGACGCGGGAGUGGGAGCAGCUUUGUGUCUGGCGGUGGUGCACCCUCACACCACGGGGCUAGGUGCCACGUUCUGGGCCCUCUUCCACAACAGCUCCUCAGGCAGCCCAACUGCCCUGACGCCGGGCCCCACACAGCCCCUGGCCCCCGGCCUGCAGCUGCCGUCCGCCCUGCCCAGCCUGCGCCUGCUGCACGCGCGCUUCGGCCGCCUGCCGUGGCCACGGCUGCUGGGGGGCCCUGCCUCGCUGGCUCAAGACGGCUUCCUGGUGGACACAGCCCUUGCCACAGCUCUGGCAGCCCGGGGCACAAAGGGCCUCUGUCCACUACUGUGCCAUGCUGAUGGGACCCCCCUGGGCCCCGGGGCCCGAGCCACCAACCCCAAACUUGCAGCCGUGCUGCGCCUAGCGGCCCAAGCCCCAGCCCCAGACCUGGCCGGGGAUGACCUACUGGGCCUGCUGGUCAGAGACCUGGGGCUGCAGAGGCCCCAAUCCAGGCCCACGCCUGCCCUGGAGCCCGCGGUGCAGCAAGCCAUACCCCAAGGCGUCCUGUCCACCACCCCCGGCCCCUCAGCCUGCCCGGAGCUGCUGGCAAUGGUAGGGGCAGCCCUGCGCUCAGGAAAGCCCGGCCCCGACCCCUGCCCGGCGCUCUCAGCAGCUCCCGUGGGCCCUGUGGGCACGGUCCUGGCCACUGUAGACAGCAGAGGCUCAGUGCUGCUCCUUACCUCCUCACUAAGCAGCCCCUUUGGCUCUGGACGCCUGUCCCCAAGCACUGGGGUUCUCCUUAGUGACCUGGUGGCCAAGCCUACAGCUAGUGCCUGGGCCUGCCCCCUCCUCCUCCAGGGAAGCUCGGAUGACACAGAGGCUGACAUGUUAGGGCUGGUGGCUUCGGGAACUCCUGCAGUGGCCCGAGUUGUGACUCGUGCCCUGCUUAGUCACCUGGCUGGGCCCCAGACCCAGGCCCAACACGAGCGAUGGCAGGGACUGACACUGAGCACUAGUGUUUGUGACCAAGGGACCCUGCUCCAGGUGGCUGUCCAGGCAGAGCAUGCCCAUGUCUCCAGUGUCCCCAGCAGCUGCUGCACUGUCCAGGGGUUCUAAGUGGGGGAUGUGUCUAGCCAGGGGUGGGAGGGUGGGGGUGUCCCACCUGGCGGCAGGAGCAGAACAGACCCAGCAACGAGGACGUGCAUAGCAAGCAUGCCUAAUUACUCGCUGCUAGCUCAGGCCCACAACUUCUGGCCUAGUCAGUACCCUGGACUCCAGAUCGGGGUUUUUUUCAGCUAAGGAGACUGAGGGUACUGGGGAAAGAGCCCCAGACUCCAGUUCAGAUCCGGCUCUGAGAAGGACAGGUAGUAGGGUGCCAAGCCCCUGUCUUGGCUCCAGACCCCCUGGGCAGGGCAGGGCAGGCAGAGCCUGGGGUCCCGCUGGCCUCUCUGUCUCCCCCUUCAGGCCACCCUCUGCCGAUGUCUCUCAACUGAGCUGGAAACAAAAUAAAGGUAAAAUCUCUGCCACCCGC